UCACGUAACAAGUACGUAAAGUCCUCGAAGCGGAAGUGCGAGUGACUCCCACCAAAAUGUCAGCCAUUUUCAACUUCCAGUCACUGCUAACAGUGAUUCUCCUGCUCAUCUGUACUUGUGCCUACAUCAGAGCGCUGGCUCCCAGCCUGCUGGACAAGAAUAAGACCGGGCUACUAGGAAUUUUCUGGAAAUGUGCCAGAAUAGGUGAGCGCAAGAGUCCAUGGGUGGCCUGCUGCUGUAUCAUCAUGGCGUUCAGUAUACUGUUUCUACAGUAGCAGUCCAAUGAAGACCACGCAUGGAAACAAUAACAUCAACAUGGACAAUACUAUGGUAGAAGCACAACACGAACUGUGGCUGGGAUCAUGUAAAAACAGGGACUUGUUGCCCCUCCCUGUAGCCAUGGAGCAGAUAUGUCCAUUCCACUGUGAAUAUGGAGGUCUGCCCUUGUUUUUCAUUCUUGUGCGUCCACGUGGGUGGGGCACCAAUGGAGAGGAUUCUUAAAUACUAUCUGGGAUCAAAUGAUGCAGGUCCAAGCAUCUCAAACAGUUGACUCAAAAAGCUUAACCUUUGCAUCUAACUUUGAGUUUCAAAUCCUGGCAACCGAUGUAGAUGUGAUGGGACUGGACGCGUUGCUUUCCUUAAUCUUGUCACCCCAUUUGUACUUUUGUUGUUCAAUGGUGGUAAAUGGUCAUAUCGCACAAAAUCCCCAGCUGUCCAGUUUCCCCUCACAGUGAGCACCCCAAGUCUUUUUAAGUAAACCAGUCUGCCAUAUUUAUUUAAAAAAAAAAAAAACACUUUUUGUAAACCCGUGAGCCAAAUUGAUUUCAUUCUUGUGCUUGUUUAAUCCUAAUACUAGAUUGUAAAAUCAAAUGAAUAUGUUAAAACAUACAAAACACAUUCACGGUAACUUGUAAGUAUUCUGUGUCUUUGAAAAUGCAUCACUGUUUAUGCGAGAUAAAGUGCAGAGAUGAAAACUUUUGAAGUGUUCUGAAUUACUUUAGACUUGAGGAAAACCAUCUAAAGUGUAUCCGGCCUGCUUGUUGGAGUGAGAGAGUGGCUUUGUGAUAACCUCCUGUGCGACCUUACUGUCAACACUCAUCUAUGCAGGGCAGUGUUUCCCAACCUUUUUUGUCGUGUGUACCCCCACAGCCUUUGUCAUACCAUGACUACCCGCUCACUCAUACGUGUUGAUAAUUCUCCAAAAGUAGAAUGUAACACAGCUGAUGACAGGUUAUUGUCUCCUUGGGGAAACUAGUUGCAGCGCACACGUUCCAUUUUAUUGUCUGGCUUAAUAUGAAAUGACUGAGAAUAUUUACUUAUCAUCCUGGAAAUUAUUUAUGAAAUGUUUCCACAUUCCCACUGCAAUUUGCUCACAUACCACUAGGGAUAUGCGUACCCCUGGUUUGGAAUCAGGAUGGUCAGCUGACUGCAGCACACAACAGAACGUGCAUCACGCACUCACUGUACUGCACACAUGAACUACCUAUUGAGAUCCAAUACGAGACCAAACAUUCUAUAUUUUACAGUGAUGUAACAUCGCCAGUUAUACUCUUUCACUGUUAAGUCCCAAGUUUUUCAGUGGCAAUGUCCUAAACUGCAUUAUCCACAAUAUACUGCAGCGCAGGGCUGCACGGUGGCCGAGUGGUUAGCAUGUUGGCCACACAGUCAGCAGAUCGGGAAGACCUGGGUUGAAUCUCCGCUUGGGCAUCUCUGUGUGGAGUUUGCAUGUUCUCCUCGUGCGUGCGUGGCUUUUCUCCGGGUACUCCGGUUUCCUCCCACGUUCCAAAAACAUGCAUGUUAGGUUAAUUGGUGACUCUAAAUUGUCCAUAGGUAUGAAUGUGAGUGUGAAUGGUUGUUUGUCUAUAUGUGCUCUGCGACUGGCUGCUCACUUGUUGAUUUAUUUAUUUAUUAUUUGGAGGGUUGUUUUUUUUUUUUUCAAACAAGAAGUUUAACUGUGAAGAGACAAUUGACAAAAACAAAAAAACUGUCUUUGUACCUACACUCAACGCUAUUAAAUGAUGUACUCUUGAGCCAUUAUAUUAAUUGUGUACAUUAACAAGCUUUUUUACCAACAGCACCAUCUGCUGGCUCCGGUGUGACACUGUUUCGAAUGCUCCAAUGCAAAACCACUGCUGCCAAUACAGUAUUUGCACUGGAUCACAGUAUGCAGCUGUGCCAAAUUUUGUGGUGAUACUGUUUGAUUUGAUUCAUUUGAACAUUUCCUUUCACUUCAGUAUACAUCACAUACCACAAUUCCACAUGUUCAAAAAGAGUAGGAAGAAGCAAAGCUUAAUGCAAAUAUAUUAAUGUGUCAUAAUAUAGUUCCUAAUGCCUCUUAUGAUUGCAGUAUUUUUGCAUCAAUUGGUUCCAAGUGGGCUGUAAGCUAAAUCAACAGAUAAUAAAAGCACUC